GACCCACUUGGCGGCCCGUCGCGGGCUCGGCCGGCCCCCGCGCCCAGGCGGCGGCUCCCUGCUGACGGGGGUGUGGGCGGGGAGCGGCAGAGGCCGGAGGAGGCGCUGCGGGCCGCCGCCGUCGCUCGGCAGCUCGGCGGCUGGCUCGGCGCGGCCGCCAUGGACGAGCAGGCGGGGCCCGGCGUCUUCUUCGGCAACAGCCACCCGGGCGCCGCCGCCGCCGCCGCUGCCGCCGCCGCCGCCGCCAAGGGGCUGGGGCCUGCGGGCGAGGCGGUGGCGGGGGGCGACGGGGCGGCGGCGACGGGGGCGGCGCGCGCCCACUACAGCCUCCCGGGCAUCUUGCACUUCCUGCAGCACGAGUGGGCCCGCUUCGAGGUGGAGCGCGCCCAGUGGGAGGUGGAGCGCGCUGAGCUGCAGGCCCAGAUCGCCUUUCUUCAAGGGGAAAGGAAAGGUCAGGAAAAUUUGAAGAAAGACCUUGUGAGGAGGAUCAAAAUGCUGGAAUAUGCUCUCAAGCAGGAGAGAGCCAAAUACCACAAGUUGAAAUAUGGGACAGAAUUGAAUCAGGGAGAUAUGAAGCCUCCAAGUUAUGAUUCUGAUGAAGGUAACGAAACAGAGAUGCAACCACAACAGAACAGCCAGUUAAUGUGGAAGCAAGGUCGACAGCUCCUCAGACAGUAUCUGCAGGAGGUGGGCUACACAGAUACUAUUCUGGACGUGAAGUCUAAACGCGUACGAGCUUUGUUGGGCUUUUCAGGUGAUAUCCCUGACAGGGAAGAUGACAAAAAUCAGGACUCAGUUAUAAAUGGCACAGAGGCUGAAAUUAAAGAGCCAGCCAUGAUUGGAAAAUCCGAGUUAACAGAUUCUGCCUCCGUGCUGGAUAAUUUCAAAUUCCUUGAUAGUGCAGCAGAUUUCAGUGAUGAAGAUGAAGAUGACACAGAUGGAAGAGAGAAAAGCAUUAUUGAUACUUCAACGAUUGUUAGGAAAAAAGUGUCUGAUAGCAGUGAAGAUCGAGAUACAAAAGAAGCUCUAAAGGAGUUUGACUUCCUGGUUACAUCAGAAGAAGGAGACAGUGAAUCUCGAAGUGCAGGCGAUGGAACAGACUGGGAAAAGGAAGACCAAUGUCUUAUGCCUGAAGCCUGGAAUGUGGACCAGGGAGUAAUUACCAAACUCAAGGAACAGUACAAAAAGGAGAGAAAGGGGAAAAAAGGGGUGAAGAGAAAAACUACCGAAGAUCUGUUUCAGCCUCUAUCCUAUAUAAAACAGUCAAAACAGGGAUAUGGGAGAAUGAAGAAGCAAAGUUCAGGGCCCAAUAGGUCAAAACUACAAGAUAUGCUUGCUAAUUUGAGAGAUGUUGAUGAGCUUCCCUCCUUGCAGCCAUCUGUGGGUUCACCUUCCAGACCCAGCAGCUCAAGGCUUCCCGAGCAUGAAAUCAACAGGGCAGAUGAAGUGGAAGCUUUGACGUUCCCUCCUUCUUCUGGGAAGUCCUUCAUCAUGGGAGCAGAUGAAGCCUUAGAGAGUGAGCUGGGACUUGGGGAGCUGGCGGGCCUGACAGUGGCCAAUGAAGCCGAUUCACUAACUUACGAUAUAGCAAACAAUAAAGACGCAUUACGGAAGACGUGGAACCCGAAGUUUACUUUAAGAAGUCACUUUGAUGGCAUCCGAGCCCUUGCUUUCCACCCCAUUGAGCCUGUGUUGAUAACUGCUUCAGAAGACCACACCUUAAAAAUGUGGAAUUUGCAAAAAACAGCCCCAACUAAAAAGAGCACUGCCCUGGAUGUGGAACCCAUCUACACAUUCAGGGCUCACAGAGGCCCCGUGCUGUGUGUGGUGAUGAGCAGCAAUGGGGAGCAGUGCUACAGCGGCGGCACUGACGGGAUGAUCCAGGGCUGGAACACCACCAACCCCAACAUCGACCCCUACGACUCCUACGACCCUUCUGUGCUGAGAGGCCCUCUGCUGGGUCACACGGAUGCCGUGUGGGGACUGGCGUACAGCGCUGCCCACCACCGCCUGCUGUCCUGCUCGGCAGACGGCACCCUGCGUCUGUGGAGCACCACCGAGCUGGCUCCGGCCCUGAGCGUCUUCAGUGAUAACCAAGAAUUGGGAAUUCCUGCCUCGGUGGACCUAGUGAGCAGUGACCCAAGCCACAUGGUGGCAUCGUUCAGCAAAGGCUACACGAGCAUCUUUAACAUGGAGACACAGCAGCGCAUCCUCACUUUAGAAUCCAAUGUAGAUACGACAGCCAACUCUUCCUGCCAAAUAAAUAGAGUCAUCAGUCACCCCACUCUCCCCAUCAGCAUCACUGCACACGAAGACAGGCACAUCAAAUUCUAUGAUAACAACACAGGCAAGCUGAUCCACUCAAUGGUAGCCCACCUAGAAGCUGUCACAAGUUUAGCAGUUGACCCUAACGGGCUAUACUUGAUGUCUGGCAGUCAUGACUGUUCAAUCCGUUUAUGGAACCUGGAAAGUAAGACCUGUAUUCAAGAGUUCACAGCUCAUCGGAAAAAGUUUGAGGAAUCCAUUCAUGACGUGGCUUUCCACCCAUCCAAGUGCUAUAUAGCCAGCGCCGGAGCUGAUGCACUGGCCAAAGUCUUCGUAUGACACAGUGCAUCCUCUUCACCUUCUAGCUCUUUAUAAUCAGCUGCACAGGAGAGAUCCAGAAGAUCAGGGCAGGAAUCAACUCAGGCUGCCCUUUUGUUCUGCGGAAGGAGCACAGAGAACAUUGGUCAAAGUAUAGUUUUGCAAUUCGUACACUGUUUUCUAGAACUAAAAGUUUGUUCAGGUUGCUGCAAGCCCAGCUGAAUUUGUGAGUCUGAAAACUAUUUCAAAUCCUACACACACACCCCCAUAGGCGUUUUUAUUUCCGAGGUGGCUCCAAUUCGCUAGGCAGACCUGAGCAAACAUAGGUUUAACUUGUCCCUGUUGAGUAAUUGGGACAGACUACAAGGGAUCAUCAAAAAGUAGAUGGCUGGAAGUGAGUAGAGGAAGAGCAGAAAUUUAGACCUGACCGACUUCUUCUCAGAGGAGUCUCGUUCAACAUCCUAGGUAGUCAAAGCAGUAAUCUACCAUCUCUGCUGUUCUAGCCCUACAUGCAUUAACCUCCAGGUGCAGUGUUCAAAUGAGGUUUUAAUUUAGCUCUCCUUUCCACUAUGCUCACGAAGCACCUGACAAAGCAUUUACCUAUGAGGGGAAAACAGCAAAUGCAAUAAUAUGUCAGAUAUAUUAUUAUGCAGAAAUGCUAAAUAAAUCUUUAGUUUGUAAGCAGAUUUCUAUAUUGUAUUACAGGUUUGAAAAUAUAUUUGGUACCAUUCUUAAAAGUUUAGCUGUUAAAAGCACUCACCAUUAUGAAGAAUUGUUGACAGAGUCUGCUUUUACUAAAGGAUUUAACUUAUUUGGGCUUAAGAUUCUGUUUAUUUUUAAGGGAAAGCAGGGCAUAUCUUGAGACUAAUUUGUAUUAAUUUUAAAAUUCACUUUAUUCCUGCAAUAUUUACAGCAUCCAUGAUUAUUUCACAUCUAUGAAAUCGUACCUUUCAAAUGGUUGAAAAGGCCCAAGUGCUCACUUAGCAACACCCAUGCUAACCGUGCUUCACGUGUUUCCUUCUUCUUUGUCUCUCAUGUUCAGAUCAUCCAACACAUACCAAAAAUAGUCACAGUGAUCAAUGUUAACAGUCCAAAGGGUAUGGUUAAGUCGCAGGCAGCUGCUUUUGCAGAAGUGCUAAAUAAAGCAAAUGUUUUGUACCCCAGACGUCCUCUAUUCCUAUCUCCAAGAAGAGCCUCCUGGAAGCCUGGGUGGAAGUUCAGUGCUUCCUGUUGGCUAAGAGUUCUGUGUUCCUCUCUCCCUCUGUUUCCUCUGCUGUUGACGUAGAGUACCUGGCAUGUGUAAACAGACAGUGAGUGGGUCAGUAUUGCUUCUGGGGAAACUCCUGCUAGAGUCUCAACUCCCCAAGGUCCCCUUACCUGUGACCCACUUAAGGCCAGCCCUGGGGACUCUCGGUGACCUAGCUCUUGGGGCCUGUUGUUAGACCUCUUUCCUAUAACACUUGGUCUCUCCUUGUGUUCCCUUGUUUGCCCAGAAUCUCAGGAGACCAAUCUAGAUAUUAGAAAUAAUUACUAAUGCCUAUUUCCCCCCAGCUAAAUGUCUAUACAACAAACUGAGACGUUAAAAGGCUCAGAUCCAUAAGUACUUGGACCCUCUCUCUAUUGGAAUUCCUACAUUCCUACCGCCACACAUCCCUCUGUGAUCACAGUGAUGCUUCUCACCAUGACAUGUAUGUCUGCUCUAUGCAGAAGUAUUCUGGUGGUAAUUUUUCUUCAAAAUCUGCUUGUGUGCACCUAGAAUUCUGCAGUAUACAUGCAGAUUUUCUUUUGAGCUAAAGCCCUGUAGUGGCCUGGUCUGAACACUUUAGAGGUCUGCUUUAAGAUGUGGAUCCAGCUCCCUUGUCCUUUGAUUAGUGCUUUGGUGCCAUGUGGACUCAUGAGUCUCCUUUGUAUAAGCGAAUGAAUUGACCCAGACACAACCCAUGUGGUGAAUGUGCGUGUUCCUGUGCAGAUGUUAGAAUCUCACACUCUAUCUGGUAAACUUUUCUUUGGGUUCUUCCUGUUGUGAAGAAAUGGCUCUGCAGCACACCUGAACAUUUCGUUUGGGUGCCUAACUGGGUGUCCUGUGAACGACUGCAAAGCUUUCCCACCACUUCCUGCUUUAAUUCCCUCCCAAGCUCUUGAGUGUCUCUCUGUAUCUGAAAUUCUCAAACCCCAGACAUUGUCUUCCGUGAGUAGAAAGUCCCCAUGAGACGUAUAGACUAGAUACCCAGCAGAGACUGAGACCGCUGGAAGUUCCAUAGUGAGCAGCCACUGGGCGUGAGGAGACUGUCCAUAGACGCAGACUCUGCAGCAGCACCCCACAAUGGACCACAGCCCAGAAAUGAGCCAAAGCUGCGACCCCUGCAGACAGAAGCGCACAUACCCCUCAGCCCAUCGGCAGUGUGGUGAAACCCCACCCAAACGAACAAAGCCAGGACUCAGACACUCACUGAAACGCUUUUACAGUGCUUGAUUUCUAAAUAUUUGGGGUGACUUGUAUUGGAAUGGGUGUGAAAAUGAGCCAGGGGGUGGGCGUGUGGCGGCGAGCUUGCUGUACGCUCUCCACGCCUGGCUGUCACUGGCUCAGGGCCACUCCCGCCGUAGCCGUGUAAUGACCUUCAGUAUUUUUCUGUUGAACAAGUUUUAGAGCCCCCCCCCUUUGUUGAGCAGACAGUCAUCCCAAAGUAGUUAGCUUUUGUAAUCAUUUCAGUUCUGACUAAAACGGCGGCGGGGGGAGGGGUGGAGGGAAUUGAACUAUGACACUGAUAAUGAGAAACUUUUUUUUUUGGGUUAACCUUUCAUUCCUUCAGUAUUCUUGCUAUAAAUUUCCUUUUAGAGAUAAUGAAAAUUUAUUUGAAAAUGUCUAAAAUGUAUGUAUAUUUUAUAAAUAUAUAUUAUAUAUAUCACAGGAAUAUAUAUAAUAUAUAAACUAUAUAUCUAUAUAAAACCAUAGGUGCAUUUUACUGUUUUGUAUUUUCAUUUUUUGGAGGUGUAGUGUAUACAGAGGUAACGAUGAGAUGAUGAGCGUUGUGCUGUUUGCUUUUGCGGUAUAAUAUAUAGUUCUAAAUGUUUAAAUUCCUGUACAUACUAUAUUCAUUAGAGGCUAGCAUGCUUGUUUUAAAAGACUGUCAUUCUAGUUUAUUAAAAUCUGAAUGUAAGAAAA